GGUGGAAGGGAAGGAGGAGGCGGCAGAAGCGGCGGAUCCUGGGAGCGGGCGGGAGUCCUGACGGAGGCGGGAGGUUUUUCUAUUCAUAUAUCUAGACACUUUACCCUUUCCUACUUGGAGGCAGGCCGCGGACCGGGCCCGGCGGCUCGCGGAGGUUUCGGGACGCGAUGGCGGCGAACUCCAACAUGGAGAACCUCCCACCCCACAUCAUUCGGCAGGUGUGGAGAGAGCUGUCCACCCUCAGCAUGGAGCCUCCUGAGGGAAUCCACAUCUACACCAACGAGGAAGAUAUUACUGACCUGCGGGCAACCAUUGAAGGGCCAGACGGCACGCCGUACGCGGGGGGGCUGUUUAAGAUGAAGCUCGUGCUGGGGAGGGAUUUCCCAGCCUGCCCACCCAAGGCCUACUUUGUGACCAAGAUCUUCCACCCGAACGUGGGCGCCAGCGGGGAGAUCUGUGUGAACGUGCUGAAGAGGGACUGGAGGGCCGAGCUGGGCAUCCGCCACAUCCUGCUGACCAUCAAGUGUCUGCUGAUCCACCCCAACCCCGAGUCAGCUCUGAACGAGGAAGCGGGGCGCCUCCUCCUGGAGGAGUACGGGGAGUACGCCUCGCGGGCCCGCCUGCUGACAGAGAUCCACGCCAGGGGGGGCCGUUCCCGGGACGGGGCGGCGCUCCCUCCGCCCCCCUCCACCUCCUCCUCCUCCGCCUCCUCCCUGUGCAGUGGGGGUGUGAGUGACGGGCUGGGGCUCCCCGCUCCCCCUCCCUCCCCCUGCGGGACCCCUGCCCACCACCCCCAGGAGGGGCCCACCGCUAAGAAACACGCUGGGGACAAGAAAGGCCUGGGGCCCCCCGUCUCAAGCCGCAAGAAGAGCGAUAAGAAGAGGAUGCUGCGCCGACUCUAGUCCGGGGGGGCCGCGGGUGGGUGGGCUGGGGGGAGAGGAGUGGGCGAGGAGCAGUUCGAGCAGAUCUCUCAUUGGCCCCCCCCCCCCCCCUUCCACAACCGUCUGUACCACCUCCUGUCCCUUCCCCCCCACUCAUCCUGAUAUAGCCCCUUCCCUCAGAGAGGGAGAGGUAGAGGGGAGGCGAGCGAGGGAGGCUGUGGGGUGGGAGAGCAGACCCACACACGCACGCACACGGGCAGAAUGGGGGCGAGAGAGAGAGAGACGCAAACACUGGGGGUGUGAGAGAGAGAGCCGGGGAGUUUGUGGGGCUGUGUGACAGACGGACCGGGCUGUGGGAGGGACACUGUGUGUGUGUGAGAGACACAGACAGGGCUGUGGGAGGGACAGUGUGUGUGUGUGUGUGUGUGUGUGUGAGACACAGACAGGGCUGUGGGAGGGACAGUGUGUGUGUGUGAGACACAGACAGGGCUGUGGGAGGGACAGUGUGUGUGUGUGAGACACAGACAGGGCUGUGGGAGGGACAGUGUGUGUGUGUGUGUGAGAGACACUGACAGGGCUGUGGGAGGGACAGUGUGUGUGUGUGAGAGACACAGACAGGGCUGUGGGAGGGACACUGUGUGUGUGUGAGAGACACAGGGCUGUGGGAGGGACAGUGUGUGUGUGUGUGACACAGACAGGGCUGUGGGAGGGACAGUGUGUGUGUGUGUGACACAGACAGGGCUGUGGGAGGGACAGUGUGUGUGUGUGAGACACAGACAGGGCUGUGGGAGGGACAGUGUGUGUGUGUGUGUGUGUGUGAGACAGAGACAGGGCUGUGGGAGGGACAGUGUGUGUGUGUGUGAGACACAGACAGGGCUGUGGGAGGGACAGUGUGUGUGUGUGAGACACAGACAGGGCUGUGGGAGGGACAGUGUGUGUGUGUGUGAGACACAGACAGGGCUGUGGGAGGGACAGUGUGUGUGUGUGUGAGACACAGACAGGGCUGUGGGAGGGACAGUGUGUGUGUGAGAGACACUGACAGGGCUGUGGGAGGGACAGUGUGUGUGUGUGUGAGACACAGACAGGGCUGUGGGAGGGACACUGUGUGUGUGUGUGUGACACAGACAGGGCUGUGGGAGGGACACUGUGUGUGUGACACAGACAGGGCUGUGGGAGGGACUGUGUGUGUGUGAGACACAGACAGGGCUGUGGGAGGGACACUGUGUGUGUGUGACACAGACAGGGCUGUGGGAGGGACUGUGUGUGUGUGUGUGAGACACAGACAGGGCUGUGGGAGGGACAGUGUGUGUGUGUGUGUGUGUGAGAGACACUGACAGGGCUGUGGGAGGGACACUGUGUGUGUGUGAGAGACACAAACAGGGCUGUGGGAGGGACAGUGUGUUUGUGAGACACAGACAGGGCUGUGGGAGGGACAGUGUGUGUGUGUGAGACACAGACAGGGCUGUGGGAGGGACUGUGUGUGUGUGUGUGUGUGUGUGACACAGACAGGGCUGUGGGAGGGACUGUGUGUGUGUGUGUGUGUGUGUGACACAGACAGGGCUGUGGGAGGGACUGUGUGUGUGUGUGUGUGUGACACAGACAGGGCUGUGGGAGGGACUGUGUGUGUGUGUGUGUGUGACACAGACAGGGCUGUGGGAGGGACUGUGUGUGUGUGUGACAGUGCGAGGGAGGCUGUGGGGUGGGAGAGCAGAGACACACGCACGCGCGCGCGCACACACACACACACAGCCAAGCGAUAUACCCUCAGGAGCCCGUUGCGAAUUUUUUUUCUCUCUCUGUUUAUUUUUCAUGACUUUUUUUUGUACAAAAAAACCCACGAAAACAGGAUCUGACCAAAAAAAAAAGGUGAACCCGGAGGGUUCCUCGGGAAAUAAAGAGGGGGUUUUGUUCCCCGGGUUUGUGAGGGGGGAGGGUGGGGUGGGGUGGGGUGGCGUCGGUGUGAUGUGCCGUUAAGUUAUAUAUUUUCUGUCGAAGCGUGUGUCUUGCUUUUAAGUUAUGAACAGAUUAUGAGUGAUU